GAAUACAUUAAGAAAAAAAAAAUCCGUUAAAUAAAGAAUGAAUUGGACGAAUGAACUUAAUCCUAAUUUCCGUCGUAGGAAUAGGACGGAUAUUACCGGAAAUAGAACGAGACACGUUCUUACGUUCAAUCCGAAUACGGCUAAACCCGGAGAAGAAAUUUACGUCAACAUUCCAAAAUUAAAACCCGAUUCUGUACUCGUACCCGAUAGUAUGGCAUUGGUCUUCGACUUUAAAAAUGCGAAUACGAAAUCUUGGUUCAGGAAUAAUUUGGGAAAGUUACUGCAGAAAAGAUUAGAAAUCCGACUUGCGGGUGAAAAAGUCUACGAUAAUAACGGAGAAAGUCUGUUGGAAGUCUACAAGGAUCUAUGGUUGAACGAUAAACAACGCGAGGAUCGUGUCGAAGAUGGAAUUGCAACGGAAGCCGCUCGGAAAAAAAUCUCCAAAGACGACGAUGUGAACGACGAUGCGACGGCUACGGCAUUAUUCAACGUUUUCGGAACGAAACAAAAAAUCAGGAUCCAUAAAAUUCUAGGAGAUCACGGUCUUUACGCCCCGUACAAUAUGGCGAAGGAUCUUCAAUAUGUUAUUACGUUACCACAAGCAACCGAAAUUAUGAGCGCACAAAGUUCGGAAACCGUGGAUGGAUAUACGUUGGAAAAUAUCGAACUGGAAUACGAAUCCAUCGAUAAUGUGGAUCUCGCACGAAAAUUCGAAAAUCUAUAUGGAUCCGAACGAGAAUUAUCGUUCGAACACGUAACGUUGAUGAAAAAGUCGGAAUGGAAAAAAUAUUCGACGAUCGUCAACGAGACGAUCAAUGUUCCACGUCGAAGUAUGAAAGCCAUCGUCAUGUUAUUUACGAACAAGACGACGACGAAUAGCGAAGAAUAUAUCUUUCCCAAUAUCGAAAAAGUGAAAGUGACGAUCGAAGGCGUACCGAACGUUAUUUACAGUCAAGGCAUUACGAAAACAAGAUUGUACGAAGAAGCAAGACGACUUUUUGGAACCGAUGAAAAUAGCGAUCAAACCUUACGAAAUUUUACAAGGAUAAAAAAUUUGCGUUGGUCGUCGAUCUUCGAACUGCGAAUGAUGCAAACGUCUACGGAAACGGCGUUCGAAUCCAGAAUACCCAGUCCGGAAUAUUAG